UAAUCAAAGUCUUACCAAAUAGUGUGUACCCCACUUGUAAAACAAUUUUUUUUUUUUGAUAAAAUUAUUUUAUUAAUUCAGAGCCUUGUAAGUUGUAACUGAGAAUUUUUUUCCGUUACUAGUAUUGUAUCUUCUAAAAUAAAAAUAUAUAUUAAAAGUUUUUGUCUCUAUCUAUGGAUUCUCUGGUUUUCUGUGGGCCCCUUCAAGUCAAUGGAUAUGGACAUGCCCCUCCUGUUCUGCAAAGUUGAAAUUCAGAUUUACUAUCACCAAAUUCUUUCUUUUGAAGCCAUGAUGGUAUGAGCUCUUCAGAAAAGAAGACUGAAGAGUAGUCGCUAGUGGGUCUAGAAUAAGAGGGAAAAAAAAAAGUCGAAAUCAUCAUGACAUUAUCUCCAUGGGAUUUGCCUCUUCUUGCUGAUCAAAACCGAUACUCCAAUUUUGAGAGCUUUCUCCAAUCUGUCACUCCCAUUAUUCCUUCCAAGCGCAUUCCCAAGUCACAUGCUGAAGAUUUUGUGGAGUGCUUCUCCUUAAAUAGCCUUUGGAAAUUCUUCACUGAAAGAAGUAUUUAUGGUGUUGGUGUCCCAAUUCUUUUGAACAAUGGUGACAGUGUCCUACAAUAUUAUUGCCCAUCCUUAUCAGCUCUACAAAUAUAUGUGGAAAAUCCCUUUGUUUCACCAAGGAUUGGUGGAAAUAUUAACUCUUGGAGUGAUGAGAGUGAAAAUGAUGAACUAUUAUCGCAGUCUUUGAGUAAUAACUCGAGUAAGAGCUCCGAUAACACUUCGGAUGGUUCCAACACUGACCAUGAAGUCUCUUCUCAACAAGUCGAUCGCUUCGGGGACCUGUAUUUCCAAUUCAACGAGACAUCUAGUCCUUAUGACAGAGUCCCUCUAACUGAAAAGAUCAAUGAAUUAGCUCAGAACUAUCCUGAUUUGCUGAAGUUUCAAAGCACAGAUCUCUCUCCUUAUAGUUGGAUAGCCAUUGCUUGGUAUCCAAUCUAUCAGAUUCCAUUGACCAAGAAUGUGAAAGAGUUGUCUGCAUGUUUUGUCACAUAUCAUAAUCUCUCCUCCUUCCAUGGUGUUUCGAAUACCAUUCCACAUGAAGAAGCUAAAACUUUUGCGUAUAGAAAUUGUGUGGUGGGGAGUGAAGGAAGCAACGAAAAUCUAAAUGAAGAAGAAGAUGAAGAAGAAGAUCUUAGCGCGAUUCGUCCUUUUGCUGCUGCAAUGUAUAAGAUGAAUGGCGAGCUUUGGAUGAAUCCAGAGGCUGCAGAUCAAGCAAAGAUUGGGUCUUAUCUUGAUGCUGCCACUUCUUGGUUGAAGCUUCUAAGUUUCCAGCAUCACGACUUCAAUUUCUUCAUGUCUCGUAGAUGUUUCUGAUCAUCAUCAUCACCAUUUUUCACUCCAGUUUUUAUGAGGAAAAAACAACGGGAAAAAGACUUAGUUUUGAUUAGAUAGACUAGUUAGUUCUAACUAGAACCGACUGUACUACAUGACACUACAGUUUAUGAUCAAUCAAAACUGCAGCUGGUUAUAACAAAAACAAA